CUGACGUUUCACACAAAAAUGACAUGAGCGAUAUUCAUUAGCGCGAGAAAAACAGUGUUGCUAAGUGAUUAAAAACGAAUUCCGUCGUGAAUUACUGGAUGUAAAUCGGGGCGCGGGGCGCAAAGUAGGCGACGAGCGUGGAAUAAAUCGCUACGCCUCCCCGACGUCUACGCGCUGAUUGCGUAAGUCGGUGUCAGCGCGUGGACGCUCCGUCACAGGUACAUACAACCGCACCAAUCGUACACACAAGAUGUGGAAGAACUAUCACUGAAUGUACUAAGUUUGUCACGAGAUGGCUGACCAGGCGGACCCGCCGCCGCAGGCUGCGCCCCCGCAGCAGCCGCCUCCGAUGAUGAACGCACAGCGAAUUCGUAACAACAACAAUCAGAAUCCGUUGUUCAAUGUGCGUGACCAACUCUUCCACACGCUGUUCUUCAAGGCGUCGCUGGCGUACGCGCGCACUUUUCCCCGGCCGGUGCGUCGCCUCUUUGAGUUUGUUAUACUGAUGAAGGCGUUGAGCGCGUUUUUUGUGCUCGUGUAUAUGCAUAUUGCGUUCUCAAGGGCGCCGACGACAUGCCUCGAGCACGUGAAGGAGACGUGGCCACGGGAUGGGAUUUUACGCGUUGAGAUUGUCCGCAAUCAGGGCAAAGAGUAUAAUAUUCAGGAUAGUUAUGCACGCGAAGCGCGGCGCAAGCAGGAAUUGGAUGAUUUUGCCUCGUUUUUGGGGUAUUAUAAUAUUGAAGCCAGUACUGUUGAAGAAAGCACGAAGGAAACUGAACCUUUAGAGAAAAGACAAGGAGCAUACAUAAACUCAAGAAGUGAUCACACCGAAUACACUCCAGGUUCAAUCUCACCGAAUUCCCUGGCAAAUGUAUCGCAUCUCCCAAUAAAAACCACACUAUACGAUGGUUUGAUCCCAAUGGAUCCGCACGACCGCCGUGACUUCACGCCAAUAAACGCUGUGCACGUCAAAGUACAGUUUGCCGCUGACGAUGACACAAAGAGCAACGAUGAGCAUGCAAAUACGAACGCUGCUCAACCGGGUGCUGCCCAAGGCGCUCAGGAGGAGGAAGAACGAGAGUUAUUUGAAGAUGAUUAUAUCGUUGAAUAUGCUCUUGAGCAUGGUUUUCUCCGCUUGAGUCCAGCAGCGAGAAUAAGACUAAAUGUACCAGUGCAAAUUGUCGCCUUGGAUCCGGACAAGGAUCAAUGCUUUGGUGAUUCCUUCAGUCGCGUAGUUCUUGAUCAGUUUCUUGGCUACGAUGACAUUUUAAUGGCGUCCAUUAAAACACUAGCCGAGCAGGAGAAUAAUAAAGGUUACCUUAGAAAUGUAGUUACCGGUGAACACUUUAGAUUUGUCAGUAUGUGGAUGGGCAGGAGUUCCUAUUUGGCUGCGUUCUUCAUAAUGAUAGUUUUUACUGUUUCACAAUCAAUGCUGCUGAGAUAUUCGCACCAUCAGAUAUUCGUCUUUAUUGUGGAUCUACUGCAAACUUUGGAAUUCAACAUGACUGUGAGCUUUCCGGCCGCGCCCCUGCUGACCGUCAUAUUGGCGCUUGUCGGCAUGGAGGCGAUCAUGUCGGAAUUUUUCAACGACUCCACGACGGCGUUCUACAUCAUCCUCAUCGUCUGGAUGGCGGAUCAAUAUGAUGCCAUUUGCUGUCACACUGUUAUUACCAAGCGACAUUGGUUAAGAUUUUUCUACCUAUAUCACUUCUCAUUCUACGCUUAUCACUACCGGUUCAACGGCCAGUACAGCGGAUUGGCGCUGGUGACAUCGUGGCUCUUUAUUCAGCAUUCCAUGGUGUACUUCUUUCAUCACUACGAGUUGCCAGUGAUUCUGCAGCAGGCGCAGUUUCAGCAGUUCUUGCUACGAAACUCACACCACCAUCGAGCUGCGGGCGGGUUAAAUCCGUCGGCGGGUUUCGGCGGGCAUCACCCGCUUACUCGCCUCACGCAGUUCAUCUCAGUGGUGCGCUCGACGGUGACCACACAGACCUCGAACACGGUCAAUCAGGUGGCCACAUCAACGUCCACGACAGCUACCUCUACCGUGGGCACGUCUGCUCAGCCGAUUACCUCGACGCACUCGGUGCAGACCACGCCAGCGCCCGCCGAAUCGAAUGCUGCCCAGGUGCCAUCGGAGACCCUGGAGGUGCGCGCCAUGGCUGCCGCCUCUCAGACGCACACGGAUAUUCGGCCCGCAGGUGGCUCCGAUGACACCUAUGACUAGUGCGUUGUGCGGCUAGCCUCUGCAAACAAGUCUAUUCUUUAUCUUCACUUUCAAACCGGGUUUUGUAUACAAUUUUUAUGUUUGCCGGCGCCCACGGCCGUGAAGGAUCUUCACACAUGACAACCAGAAUCGACUUGGACUUGAACACUUGACUUUAAUUAUUGAUAGUUUAUUUAAAUCAACAAAUUGGUGGUAAUAAAAUAUGUAUGCAUACAGACGUCAGCGCAAUGUGACAAACAAAAUGGCGGCGUCGACGAUUUGCAGGAGCUUGGUGUAUAUAAUCUGAAAUCAAAUGUUUGUUAUUUUAGUUGAAGCGUAAGGCACGCACACACGUCCAUUAGAAAUGAGCGCGGGGGGAAGGAGAAUUCGUUUGGUUUGUACAUUUUGCAAAACGCGGGUAGCGUUACUAUUGUUUGAUUUAUAGGUUGACCAUUUUAUGUAUAUAACUUAGAUUUAUCUCAUUUUCUAGCAUCCUUUAGUUCGUUACAUAGGUGACUGUAACUGCAUAGCUAAUUAUGUUAUUAAAUAAUUUUAUUUAAAGACAAACAA